AUGAAUAGAAAAAACGAGCUUGAGACACAUCUCUUGUCGCGGUCCUAUUCCAACGAACACAACAAGCUCGCCCAGCUCUUGCUGUCGAGAUACAGUGCGAACGGUGACCAGAAGUCGUGUUUGGUCUUGGAACCCACCCAAGGCGACGCCAGACCGGAGAACGUCAAGUCCUUGCUCUAUGUCGGGAAGAACGCCAAGCCCGAUGCUGAGAGACACACAAUGCGGAAGCUCAACACCAGAAGGGAGUUGAAGCGGUAUUUCGCCACCGCCACAAAGAACCAGGCCAAGAUGGUGAAGAAGCUCCGAGAGUUUUCCAAAAAAUCGUUGGCAGACGAGGCCAAAGUGCGCCAUCAGGCCGCUCAACUUGUCAAGAAGUAUAACCUUCCGCAGUUUCAGGAUUUUAUGCCGCUACACAAGCUCUGGGUUGCGUACAUGCAGAACCUCCUCCAGCUCUCCAACCAGUACGCCGUGAACAACCCCCAGUCGCUUUUGACAAAGAUCUCCUCGGCUGACUUUAAUGGGGCUUUUAUUACCGUCACCCAGUCUGUCAACCCCAAUAAUGUUGGGAUGGCCGGGAUUGUGAUGUACGAUGCACAGCAUCUGUUCAUUGUUGUAGUUCCCAGUAAUGAUUCGUGGAAGCACGACAUGGUGUUGCACCACAGUCAGGAGAGUCCGAAGUUGAGUCCCAAGGAACUUUUGGGGGGCAUCAGAAUUAUCGAGAAGAAGGGUACCGUCUUUUCGUUUGCCGUUCCGGUGGUGAGCGAAGAAGAAGAUGUGGAUACGUUGGAGUUUAGUUUGCUCGGGUCUCGCAUUGAAUUCAGAUCUGUGGACAGAUCUGGGAAAAAGUUCAAGGGAAAAAACGUGGAUGAUUUGUCGUAA